GGUUUGGGAUUUACUGUGUUAAGUGAUUUUGUCUUGUGUUUGUGCUAGUUAGUAGUUCUUAUUUGUUAGAUAAUUUGUUAUCGAACACUGAAAAGUUUUUUUGCUUUAUUUGAAAUUAUUUGUGUGCAUCUAUUAUUAUAACAUUUAAUAAUGUAUUCUAUGGAUUUUGAGCUCUAAGAGAGAUCUAGUGUUUUUGCCCUUUCUAGGACUGCAAGUGUAGUGACGCGCCAUUGUUAUUCAAGCCAAACAAAGUUAAAAAUAAAUUGCGGGCUAUUACAGCCAUUUACAAACCUCAAUUCUUUUUCUUAUUUGUGAUGUUCCCGCAUUUCAUCGGCGCGGAAGAACAGAAGACGAACCUGAUUCCGAGUGUAAAACUUCUCCACUCCAAAAGAAAAGGAUAUUUAUACACCCCUCUGCUAUGUAAGAAGUAGUGCUCCGUGCAUGAAUAUAAGAUUUACGUUGUUGGCAAUAAAUUGUAGCGGGUAGAGACGAGAACAUAUAUAAAUAUGAAACUCUUAGAUGGUCGCCUGGAGGCGCUGAGCAGUGCCCUGUCUAUUCUGAACGGAGACAGUGCAGCAGGCCGAGUAGAAAGCUACAGCUAAAUGGCUGGAGGUGAGAAAGCUUUCUACAAAAGGUUCACUGCAGAUGGAGAAACCUCCAAUAAUCUCCAGGCCUUAUCGCCUCCGGAGUGUGUGUCUUAUAGUCGGAGUCUAUCUGGUGAUGAGGAGGGUAUACUCUGUGACACCAUCUCUCGGAAGACAUUAUUUUAUCUCAUUGCUACAUUGAAUGCUGCUUUCCCUGAUUAUGACUUUUCUAUGGCCAAGAGCAGUGAAUUUAGUGCGGAGCCGUCCCUGACAUGGGUGCAAGGUGCUGUAGAUGCAGCUCUAUCUGCCGUAGGAGGAGCUAGAUGGAGACAGUUAAAACCUGCCUUAUGGGCGGCCAUCGAGGAAGAAGUGGUGCUGUCCGAGUGCAACAUAUACAGUUAUAACCCAGACCUAGCCACCGAUCCUUACGGUGAACCAGGCUGUCUCUGGACAUUCAAUUAUUUCUUUUACAAUAUAAAGUUGAAGAGAAUAGUUUUUCUGACUUGCAGAGCAAUGAGCCCCGUUUGUGCUGAUUCCGGUGUGGAUUUUGCUAUGGAUGAAGAUGAGGAAUACAAUUGACUUUUUUUUUUUUAUUUAUAAUCAUUUCUUUUUUUUAUUCCUUUUCUUAUUGAUUCAUUAAAGUGUUUAGGUUUACUAUGAAAUUUUUGAUAUUGCUUAUUUUUAUAUAUUUAGUUUAUAUUACACAUAACAAUUGUCUAAUAACUAAAAACAUAUAUAAUCUAUAUAUUUGUCCAUACAGGCUCUUAUAAACUUGCAUAAUGAUAGAAGGUCUUAGCAUGAAAUAUUUUAUAAAGUUAUAUUGUCUUUAAAUUAAUAUAGAUAUACAGAAUAGAAAACGAAUUAGUCGAAUUUGGCGCCUACUCUCGUCUCUCCUCACCUUAUCAAAUCAACAUAUCUUUAUGCAACACAACAUUGUUUUUGGCGAGAUUUAUUAGAUGAAUAAACAGAUUAAAAAUAUUUCUAUUAUUUUAAGUGCAUUAACAUUAAUUAUCUGUUAGUCUAGUAACUGAAUGUAAACAAAGAUAUUUUUGAACCAACUGAUGUGUUAUGACGUCACUCGAUGUUAGCUGUUGUUUUAACGUAAUUUUGAUAUAAAAGUGAAAAAUUUUUUUUUCGUUCGGUUUGGUUCGUUUUUCACCAGGUCAUUUUUGAUUGAUAAGUCAGUCGAAGAUUCUAGUGAUUUGAAUACACAAUCAGGAUUACUUGUCAUAUGUCAUAAGUGAUAAUGAAUAUAAAUAAUGCUAUUUUGCAAGUCAAAGUGCUAUUUUGAAUAAUGGAGACACGAUAUGCUAUAAAGAUUUUAUUUAUAAUCUGUUUAAAAUACGCGGGAAAAUAAUGUUUCAUCAACAACGAGGCUAAACAAUAAUUUAAACAGAUGAAUACAGAAAUACGAUUUUCUUACUAACAUAGUUCUUAAGAUACUUUCACUAACAAAAUAAGCUUUCAAGAUUUGUUGAAUAUUUUUUUUUUUAUAAAAACAAAUUCUUAUGUAAUGUAAAGUAAUUGUAAAAAUAAUAAUAUAUUUAUUUGCUCUGUGUAAUUUGUUUUAAAACAUUGCAUGAGAUAUAUGUGUGGUGUUUGUUCAUAAAUAUUACUAAAGAUAAUUAUAUUUCAGUCUACACAAAUGUGGAUCUCAAGAUUUUUUUGCACAAAUAGAUUUUAUGUGUAGAUAUUUUAUAUAGAAAUACAUCUUAAAAUAGUAACAUUAAGUAUACAGUUGUGGUAAGCUUGUGAUGAUUAUUUUAAUCACUCACUCUACAAUUAUCUAUUGUUCAUAAUGAGUCCAAUGAAAAACUUAAGGACAUGUACAGACGGUAUAUAUUUUUUUCUCGUCAACAGUUUUUAGAAUACCUUUAGAAAUAUUCUCGCGUCCUGGUUUAAUAACUUGACCUAAUUAAGAAUAUAAAUGUUCGGAAUUAUCAUUAAAAUUAUAUAAAUCGUAACAAAAUUAAUUGAAAAACUUAUACGAAAAUGUAGAUAGUAAAAUAUUGAAUAGAAUAAUUCUCGAGAAUUGUAGAUAAUUAUUAAUCCGCCUAUUUAUCUGUGGCGUAAAAUUUAAAUAAAAUAAAUUUAUAAUAAUA